AUGGACGCCAGUGAACCCCGGCUGGCAGAGGAGAGGCUCGGUUUCAACGGCAGGAUCACGGAGGGUGCGGGCAAGCUUGAUUAUCAUGAUGAUGGCGAUGAUGGAGAGGGCGAGAACGAUACCGCGCCCAAACCGAGGCAGCUGCCUGACGACUUACCUACGUCACUGGAUGAUAGACGGUCUGUGCCGACGUUUGGGCCGGAGACGGAGAUAUAUGAUGCCUGGCAAGGUCAAUCCCAUUUUCUCACAAACCCUAUUCCGGCAAAGCCUCUCUCCUUUAACCUCGCGCUUGAUGAUGGAAGCCAUGAUGAAGAGUAUGGUGUCCACUCCCGAUACACCCACAACUAUUACCUCGAUGACGGCGACUCAACGACGAGGGCAGAGGCAAAAGACUCCGACGCGAGAUUGAUGGAAAUGCUGGCCGCACAGGCGGCACAUAGGGAAGUAGAGUCUGUCGGUGUAGAUGAGGAUGAUAUCGCGACGGACGAUAAGAUGUCGUACGAGGAAAAGCGGGAUGUGUUACAAAGGAGUUUGAAUAUGGCAGCCAGCAAUGGCGAUGUGGAGCGGGUACGGAAGCUUGUUGGGGGGAAAGCGAGACAAUAUGUAGAUGUCAAUACUCCCGACGAGGAGGGGACGGUGCCCCUGAUAUAUGCGAGUUGCUUCGGACAUCAAGAAGUGGUUUCCGCACUGCUCGAGGCUGGUGCGAAUGUCGACAAACAAGACCGAAACCGGUGGAGCGCGCUCAUGUGGGCGAUGACGAACCGGCACAAGACUAUUGCGAAGAUCCUCCUUGAUUAUGGUGCAUCGCCGGAUAUCAAGUCGUCCUCUGGUGGGACGGCCUUCGAUUUUGCACAGCCGGGGACGGAUAUUUCGAAAUAUCUACAAGAGAAUGGGUAUCACUUUGGCGCAUCGGUGGCGGCGGGCGACUAUUAUGACUUUGGGUUCUCGCAUAACAGAUUUGAAGAGGAAAUGGCUGAGAAUGAAAUGAAGAGGCGAAUGAUGAUGGAGGAGAGUGCAAUUAAUCUGGAAGUCGACUUGUCGAGCCUGGGCCUUGAUGAGAAGCUCGAGUUGCCAGACGAUUUCGAAGACCAACAGGAAUUCGUAUGGGACCGAUGUCUUAAUGAUCAGAUGUUUGUUUUUCAGGAGAAUGAGCUUGAAAGGAUUUUGGACAUUGUUAUUACAAAUAUGACGCCUCAGCGAUCUCCGUCGCAGAAACCCGUCCCAGCAAACCUUCUAUUUCUAAGCGCCCGAUACGCCCAUUACCACGCGGGCCCUGAGCUGUUAGCCAAAUUAUUAAUUUCCGCAAUGGGCCGGAUCAACGAGGUGGUGGAGAAACAUCAAUGGGAUAUGACGAUUUUGGCCUUUUGGAUAUCGAAUGCAACUCUCCUCCUACAUUACCUAAAGAAAGAUGGCGGCUUAGUAGAAGCUACAGCAGGAUUUCAGCGUCAUCUUGCUGAACUAAUUCACGAAAUUUUUAUACUCAUCAUCCGGGAUGCAGAGCGGCGGAUGGACAAAGUUCUGGAUACAGCCAUGCUUGACCAUGAAACCAUUCCCGGGUUUGAAGAUGUCCAUUUCCAGAACGAAUGGAAUCUGUUUCGCUCACGAACGAAGGUAAAGCCAGAGCCGCUUGAAAAGAGCCUUCGGCCACCAUCACCGAAGCGUAGGGCGCAGGUGUCACCUCGGAAUAUUACAUCGUUACUUUCAUCAACGCUAUUUGUGUUGGAUUUAUACGACGUACAUUCUAUCAUUACAACACAGAUUUUAGCACAGCUUCUAUACUGGUUAGGAGUGGAACUCUUCAACCGCAUUAUGACCACAAGACGAUAUCUUGCCCGAACAAAGGCUAUGCAAAUUCGGAUGAACGUGUCUGCACUGGAAGAUUGGGCACGUAACAACAAUCGACAACCAGAGCACUACGAGAACGGUUCUACAUUAUGCUCUGGUGAAACCACCGUAGAUUCCGCUCGAAAAUACCUAGCCCCAGUCAUCCAACUGCUUCAGUGGCUCCAGUGUUUCUCCUCACUGGGUGAUGACACCGAUUCCCUCACCAUGACCCUUCAACAACUCCAACAACUUACCCCGAGCCAGCUCCUGCAUGCCGUGAGACACUAUCGCCCCGAGGUGGGUGAGAAGGGCCUCCCAAAGGCGGCGAUGAAAUAUCUCCUUGAGGUACGAAAGGAGCCAUCCCUCCUCGCCCAGAUCCACCACCCACAAUCUCCAAGAACACAACGGGAAGAGAAAGUGCUUCCUCGUCUCCCUCCCGCUGCAGAUUCGAAAUCUACGCCACAAACCACUACAAACACCCACCCUUCCGAUGAUAAACCUCUCAGAACCAUCUCCGCUGAUGGAGGUUCCGCAGCCGAUCCACCAACACAAUACCCAACAAAUAACCACCAAUCCGCCAAUGCCAUCACCCAAUCACCUCCAUCAUCAUCGCCGCCUGGCCCUCCUUCAGUGUAUUCACUGAAACCAGACCCAGGAACGAUUCUACUAAACCCGACAAGCACUCUGCCUUUUUCACUGCCGACAAACACAGAUAUGCUUGUGAGCUAUGGUGCGGGGUUUGGAGGUGUCAAUCGAGAGAGAGCGAGAAAGUAUAUACCCACUGUGCCGACGGAGUUUCUGAAUAAGUUUGAUCGUGGUGAGUCUUGAUGUUUUGAUGAUCAAGAAAGCCGAGUACUUUGAAAGAGUCUUGGCUUUGGUUCGGCAUUGCUGCGGUCGACUUGUUAGUUAGCUAUUUAUUAGUCCACCUCUAAUAUCAAGCAAUAGAAAUUGG